AUGUCCUGUCUGAACCCCCGGGGCAGAGAGCUCGAGCGUUUUGAUGGACUUUCCCUCAUCUACUGGACACUGAUGGGUCCGUACGGAGUCGACCGCGCUGUGCAUUCUAUGGAAUUUACAGACUGUGAGAAUGGAUUAGGUAUUAAAGUGAUUGGAGGAGUGAAGGAGUUAACAGGAGAGGAGUUUGGAGUGUACGUGAAGAGGAUUUUGCCCGGUGGCCUUGCCUCCAGUGAUGGACACCUGCAGCCAGGAGACCAGAUACUGGAGGUUAACGGAGAGAGCUUGAUUGGAGUUACGAGUGAGAGAGCGGUGGACAUCCUCCGAGCGGCCUCGUCCACUAAUCACAUGCGACUCCUGAUAGCGAGGGAUGAAGAAGCUAGGAGAGAAUUCGCAGAACUCCUAGAAAAAUACGGCUCCAGCGGCAGUACGGGCUCUACGAGGAACUCCCCCAUUCAGCAUGGCAGAUAUUUGGACAGCACGUCCUCAGGGUCCUCGUCCAGAUCCCAGAGUCCACUACUGCUGAGUCCAGCUGGGUCACAGAGCACAUACAAUAACACAGGACCAUUACUGCGGUCACUCAGUCACCCAGGUGAAGGUGUUAUUCAGCUGAUCUCUGUCGCUCGCUGCUCCAGUCUGGGGAUCAGUAUCGGCGGCGGCUCCAACAAACCGGACGGUCCUGCAGUGUUUAUACAGGAGGUGUUAUCAGGAGGAGACUGUCACCGGGACGGACGGCUGAGGCCCGGAGAUCAGCUCAUCGCCAUCAACAAAGAGUCUCUGAUCGGGGUGACGUUCGAAGAGGCCAAGAGCACCAUCAACAAAGUUAAAUUCAGUCAGGAUCCGGUGGUGGAGAUCGCCUUCAUCCCGGGAAAAGGCUCGUUCCCCUCCAGUGGGUCCUUACACAACGGGGUGCAGCGGGCCGUGGGGAACGGGUACAGCUCCGGCAGGUUAAAAGUUCACGUACGGUCUCCUGAGAUUCGAGCAGAUGAGCCGGCGCCCUCGUCCUCUCCUGACGUCUGUCCACCAGACAUCCAUGUCUCAGCCUCCAGCACACAGAGGAGCUCCACAGUCCCCAAACCGAAGAUCACUCUGGACCCCCACAUCCGCCUCAGAUCAGAAAAGCUGGACCUGGCGCUGUCCUAUCUGGGGCUGGACGUGACGGAGGAGAAGAGGAGGCAACUCAGAGAGAGUCUGUCUACGGACCCUCAGGGGACGGUGGCGUACGGAGAUUUCGUGGAGGCGACGCGCAGCGUGUACCAUGAUAAGCUGGAGGAGGCGGGGCUAGCGCAGGGACCCUUCAUGUUCUCCUAUCAUGAAGCAGCCAGUCUGAUGGACACCUCCGCCUUCCACUCACCUACGUAUGAGUCGGAGUGCAGCUCCAGCAGUGAGGAGAUGGAGCAGUUUCAGUCAGAGGUGAAGCAGCUCCAGCUGCAGAUGAAACAGCUGAAGGGUUUGCUGAAGGACACUGAGAACAGUAAGAAAACUCUGGAGGAGGAGCUUCAGAAGACAGCCGAGAAAGCCACAGCGACAGUGGAGGAGAAUAAGUCUCUGAAGAGCCGGCUGCAGGUGGCCGAGGCCGUGCAGAGAGAGACCAACAGCGCAGAGCAGGACUACGAGGAGGUCAUCCAGCUUCUGGAGGCUGAGAUAAAAGACCUGAAGGACCAGCUCGCUGGCAAAAAACGCAGGAGCACAGAGGUCACUAAGGAAGAAAUGAUGGAGCUGAAUAAGAGGCUUUCUAUCAUCGACAGUCAGCUGAGACGGUCUGAAGUGUCCAGGAAACAUUUGGAAAUCUCCAAUAAGAAGCUGCUGGGAUUUGCUCAGAACGUCCAUAAAGUUCUCAGCACCACCAGUUUAUUUGGGACUGAAAACGGGAGCACCAGAUCGUCCCCGGCGACAGACAGCCCGGACACGCCGUCCCCCAUCCCAGACCCCGCGUGCCAACUGGCUGCUGAGGCCAAAGAGCUGCUGGACGGAGUCUGUUCACUCUGUGUAGAGGAGCACACAGCGCUGCCGCAGGUCUCUGAGGGGGGCGUGGCCGGCCAGGUGGUGGAGUGUGCCGUAGAAGUGAAUCACUGGCCGCCCGGAGCUCCUGCUAAAGAGAAGCGCUGUCUGUAA